UAUAUUGAGGAGAACAUCACCAACGCUGCCUGCUUGAGACCAUGAAACUUUUCAGUUAUAUCUUAGCGUAUCGCCGGCUUCUCCUCACAGCUGUUAGUUUGUUGGGUUUAUUGCCACUUCCCCUCAUCAUCCGCACUAAGGAAGCAGAAUGUGCCUACGUACUCUUCGUUGUUGCCAUAUUAUGGGUGACAGAGGCUUUGCCGCUGUCGGUAACAGCUUUGCUGCCAGGAUUAAUGUUCCCCAUGUUUGGGAUCCUGCCUUCUACACAUGUGGCAUCUACUUAUUUCAAAGAUUUUCACCUGCUGUUGAUUGGAGUCAUCUGUUUAGCAACAUCAAUAGAAAAAUGGAAUUUGCACAAGAGGAUUGCUCUCAGGAUGGUGAUGAUAGUGGGUGUGAACCCAGCAUGGCUGACCUUGGGAUUCAUGAUCAGCACUGCUUUCUUAUCUAUGUGGCUCAGCAACACCUCUACAGCUGCCAUGGUGAUGCCCAUCGUGGAGGCUGUGUCCCAGCAGAUCAUCAGGGCUGAGGCCGGGGCUGAGGCCAAUCAGAUGACUUACAUCAACGAAGCUGCCAAUGUUGGACUGGACAUCGAUGAAACUGCUGUGGGACAAGAAACAAAGGAGAAAAAAGAGAAAACAAAGGCAGCUCCAGGGUGUAGCAAUGAUACAGGGAAUAUUUCAAGCAAGAUCGAGGUCCGAAAGAACGCCAUCACAGGGAAAAAGUACCGAUCGAAGAAGGACCACAUGAUGUGCAAACUUAUGUGUCUGUGCAUUGCUUACUCUUCCACCAUUGGCGGCCUGACCACCAUCACUGGCACUUCUACCAACCUGAUCUUCACCGAGCACUUCAACAUUUUUAAGGAGAUGUUCAAAUGUGGCAAAAGCCAAACAGCUAAAGAAAAAGCUUGUGCUGAAGUGAUUAUGCAAGAAUACCAAAAACUUGGGCCAAUGAGGUAUCAAGAAAUCAUGACCCUGGUCCUCUUCAUUAUAAUGGCCCUUCUAUGGUUCAGCCGUGAUCCAGGAUUUGUUCCUGGUUGGUCUGAACUUUUUAGACAGUACUCUGGUUUUGUAACAGAUUCAACUGUUGCCUUAAUUAUAGGACUCCUUUUCUUCCUGAUCCCAGCAAAGAUACUGACUAAAACUACAUCUACAGGAGAAAUUGUUACUUUUGAUUAUUCCCCACUGAUUACUUGGAAAGAAUUCCAGUCAUUCAUGCCAUGGGAUAUAGCCAUCCUUGUUGGCGGAGGGUUUGCUCUGGCAGAUGGCUGUGAGGUGUCAGGACUAUCUACAUGGAUAGGAAAUAAAUUAUCUCCUCUAGGUUCAUUGCCAUUAUGGCUAAUAAUUCUGAUAUGUUCUUUGAUUGUCACAUCUUUGACAGAGGUAGCUAGCAACCCAGCUACUGUUACCAUAUUUCUUCCAGUAUUAUCUCCACUGGCUGAAGCCAUUCAAGUGAACCCUCUUCUUAUUUUGCUGCCUUCUACUCUGUGUACCUCAUUUGCAUUCCUUCUACCAGUAGCAAAUCCACCCAAUGCUAUUGUUUUUUCAUAUGGCCAUCUGAAAGUCACUGACAUGGUUAAAGCUGGACUUGGUAUUAAUAUCUUCGGUGUUGCGGUGGUGAUGCUUGGCAUCUUUACCUGGAUUUCACCCAUGUUUGACCUUUAUACUUACCCAUCCUGGGCUCCUACAGUUCGUAAUGUAACCGUGCCAUGACAAGCACAGAAUUUUUUACUUUCUCUUGGUGACUUUGAUGGAACCAUUAAGAAUUCAUUGGAACAUAUGUUUGUGUAUAACUAAUGACAAAUUAAAUCAGUCAUAGUAUAGCUGCUGAGAUUCCAAUGAACAUGCAAAACCUGCUUUCAUAACUUGGAGUCCAUAUUUCUCCUGGGCUGUGUUGGCAGACUAUCUAUGUGCCUUCAUCAAGAAGCCUAGGCUUGAAAUUUUGCUCAUGGAGUGUCCAUUUCUUGCUUCCUCAUUAGAAUAAUUUAUAAUUUGACAUUUAAAGAGGUUAGGCCAUUUGCUUUACCUUAGAAUUAGAGUUCAGUGUAACAUUUCAAACAUUAACUUGUUAGCUCAGAAACUUUCCGUGAAAUUAAAAACAGAACAACAGAGUAUACAAGUUAAUUAACUACUUGGAAAAAUCAUUUCUAUAGUGUUGUUCAAAGACUUUGCUGAAAAAUAAAGACAUGGUCAUCUGGUGGUGCAGAAAAAAGUUUAAUGAAAUGUUCAUUUCCUGACUUAAGUAAAAUUCAAUAGGAUUAUUCUUAAUACACAAAGCAUAAAAUUGAAUUGAAUUAGUACAUAAUUCUAAAUUUAUAAUUGAACCAUUGAAUCACAGAAAACUCACAGGUAAUGAUUAAUUUCUACUUG